AACUCGACAUAAUACCUGUUUGAACACCUUAUACAGCACACAAUUCGUCGCAAUGGCUCCUGGACUUGUUGAGAACACCUUGAACGAUGUGAGCGAUGUAGCCGAGAAGGAGUACAUCAAGGACAAACUCCAGAGCACAGAGUCAAAGGAGGCCUUCGGCCAAAGUGCUAAGACCACCAACUAUGACGUUGAACUCCGCGGCGAUGGCAAGCACGCCCCAGCAGCAUACCCUCACUACCUUCCCUACUGGGACCCUGAUACUCGCUAUCCUCCGUAUGAGCCAUUCGAGGCCGUCCAGCCGGGCAAGAAUGCCGACCCAAGCUUCCCCAACCUGCUCGCAGGCGCGGAAGUUCGCGACCUUACCGCCAACAUCGGAGCUGAAGUGACUGGCGUCCAGCUUUCGAAGCUUACCAACGCCGGCAAGGACGAGCUUGCCCGCUUCGUGGCCGAGAAGAAAGUGGUCGCGUUCCGGGCACAAGACUUUGCGGACUUGCCCAUUCAGGAGGCUCUCGACAUCGCGGAGUACUUCGGACCAUCUCACAUUCACCCUGCGUCUGGUGCUCCGAAGGGCUUCCCGAAGGUUCACUUGGUGCAUCGUUCGGCAUCGGAUACGACUGCCAAGGACUACUUCCAGGAGAGGACCAAUUCGAUCACAUGGCACUCCGACGUUACGUACGAGAUGCAGCCUCCGUCCACAACGUUCUUGUAUCGUCUCGACGGACCUGAUGCGGGAGGUGACACACUGUUCGCAAAUAUGGCAGAGGCGUACAAGAGGCUGUCACCCGCCUUUCAGGAGCGCCUUCAUGGCCUCAAAGCGGUCCACUCAGGCCACGAGCAAGCCCAGCAAGCCCUCGCACGCGGUGGCAUUGUCCGACGUGAUCCAGUCUCGAACGUACAUCCUAUCGUCCGAACGCACCCAGUAACUGGCGAGAAGGCGUUGUUCGUCAACACUCAGUUCACCAAAAGAAUAGUAGGGUUCAAGAAGGAAGAGUCUGAUUUCCUACUGAAGUUCCUGUUCGACCAUGUGGCUCUUGGUGCAGACUUCCACGCUCGCGUGAAGUGGGAGAAGGGCACUGUGGUCGUUUGGGACAACCGCGUCACCGCACACACAGCGCUCUUGGACUGGCAGGAUGGACAGAGGCGCCACCUUGCUAGGCUGACGCCUCGUGCCGAAAGGCCAUUUGAGACUCCAUUCGAGAGCAACUGAGCGAGAGGUCGUCUUUUGAAUGAAGAGUUGGCGAUUGCUCGGCGUCAAUCUCACAAAGUCGUCAUUAACGUGAAUGAAUAAGUGCCGCUCUUUCACGCGUCAACGAGUCGAAUGAUCUAAGAACUCUAUUGGAAGAGACAGUUCCAGAAGGGUAAAAUGCAUGCAGCGUGGCAUCAAAGUCUUCCUUCUUUUCAGUAAAUUACAAUCUGUCUUGGAAAACGAUUCAUGGAGAAGCGAAACAGGCGUGUUAAAUAGGUCUAUUCCUAGCUGUUAGUCGACAAUAAUGCUCAACGUCUGUCUUG